AUGUCAGCCAAAUCAGUCCAAUCACAUGUUUCUGAAAGAUCUGUUAAGUCACAAGCCUCUGGCGUUACUACUGAGGAUGUAGCUGAAUGUGAAAAAACUACAGAGAGAGCCCCUAGCGCACUGUCAGCUAAAUCUGCAAAGUCACAUGCUUCAGUAAAAUCUACUAAAUCAAAUGCUUCUGAAGUUUGUUCUGGCAAAACUGUUGAUAGAGGGAAAGGUGAAGAGGAGACUCAAGACAGAGCACAGAGUGCACUGUCAGCCAAAUCCGUACAGUCAGCCAUGUCUUCAAAAUCCACCAGUGCUAUGUCAGACAGGUCUGCCAAGUCAAAUGCCUCAACACUGUCUCAGAGAUCAAAAGGUACAACGCCAUGUGAAAGAAGUGCUGAAGGGGAAAACACAGAGAGAGCACCCAGUCACAUGUCAGCAAAGUCAAAUGCUUCAGGGAUCUCUACAAAAGCAUCUCAGGCUUCUGCUGACAACCAUGAUGAAGAAAAUGCCACAGAAGCUGAAGAGAGAUCACCAAGCAAAAUGUCAGCUAAAUCGACCAAAUCAAAUAUUUCUGUAUCAUCACGAAGUACGGCAGCAUGUGAUGUCCCUUCAGAAGAAAACACUGCAAAUGAUGGGGAAACUGUAGAAAGACCACCAAGCACCCUGUCAGCUACAUCCGCCAGAUCUGUCAAAUCAACAAAGUCAAAUAUUUCUAGUAAGUCAAUGUCUGGCAACGCAAAAGCCUCUAACAGUCCAGGUGAAGAAAAUCAUGAGAUGAAUAUGGAGCGAGCACCAAGCAGUGCCUCCAUCAAAUCAGCAAAGUCAGGACAGUCAACCGUUACAACAGUAUCAAAGAAAUCAAAAGCUUCUGAGGUUCCUGCUGAAGAUGGUUCUACUGGAAAACCAAGUCCUCCAAAAACCACUGAAAUUUCAGCUGAAGAAAAUGCAGCGGAUUGUGAGGACACUGAGGAAAGAACGCAAAGUGCUAUGUCAAUUAAAUCAUCUAAGUCUGAUCUAUCUUUGGGGUCAAGGAAAUCAAAAGUUUCUGAACAGACAGCUGAAACACAGGAGAUUGCUCAAACAGAGAGGACACCAAGUGUUUUGUCAGUCAAGUCAAACAUUUCUGCAAGAACUAUAAAGUCCAACAUGUCUGGGCUCACCUCUAGUGAAAUGACUGGACGUGAUGAAGGAGAUGGUCAAAGAACACAUAGUGCCAUGUCAAACAAAUCAGCAAAAUCAAAUAAGUCAACAAAAUCAAAGAAAUUAGUAGCUCCUGAAAUUCCUACUAUAGAAAGUUCAGAUGCUUCUAAUGAAGAAAAUGCUGAAAGGAAAUCAGAGAGAGCACCAAGUGCUAUGUCAGCAAAGUCAACUGCAUCAGUGAAAUCAAAAAAAUCAAAGGUCUCUGAUGUUAAUACUGAUGCAAAUACUAAAGAAAAGGAGGAGAGAACACUUAGCCCUGUGUCUACAAAAUCAAAUAGAUCAGAAAUGUUAAGCAGGUCUGAAUCUAAGGCUUCAGCACACUCAAAAAAGUCAACACCAUCUGAGGCUAAACAAAAGAAAAGUGAAGGACGGGCACAAAGUUCUUUAUCUGUCAAGUCAAACCUGUCGGUGAAAUCUCGAAAAUCCAAAACAAGUGAUAUUUUAACAGAUGAACAUGUGGAAAAUAAAGAGGAGUUGAAAACAGCCACUGAUGAUCCUGCAGAUGAGAAGACCAGUGUCUCUCCAAUAAAUGCGGGGGAAGUAAAUCCUGAAGACAGUAAAUCCACAUCAAGUGUGCAUGAAGAAGAGAAAGAAGAAGAUAUAACUAAUAAGAAGAGUUGUCACUCUAAGACAAGCAAGUCAAGUAGGCAAGACCCAAAACAUGCAGUCGCAGAGGUUAAGGCUGAAUCUAAAUCUGGCACAAAAACCUGUCAGAGUGCGCACCAAGCUAAAGGAAAUAGACAUCAUGAGCUAUGUCACACAGAUAGUGUUGCUGAAAACAAGAGUGACAAAAGCAGCAAAUGCAGACAGAAGAACACAGAUGCUGAUGACUUUGAGCUUGUACCAUCUAGCCUACCAAAUGCAUCCCCAAAUGAGGUUGUAAACGAAUGGCUGAAAACAAUACCAACAGACGGAGAUAUGUAUGACAUGGAGGAACUCAAUGAAAAUUGUGGUGGACAGAAAACUGACCACACAACAGAGGAAAUUAAUAGAAUAGAGGAAAAUGAAAACAAGACUGAUUCUGCACCUGAGAAUACAAAGGACACAAAUGAAGGGUCUGUGAUGAACAGUGCCCCUAAUAAUGAUUGCCAAACAUGCACAGAGGCACCAAAUGCAGAUAAUACCUGUACUCAGAGAGACGAUGAUUCAAAAAUAUUCCACUCUUCAGUACAGGUGAUGAAAGUACUUUUAAAUCCAAAGCUUGACAGGUGUAACAGUUUACCAGAAAUCUCUCCAGUGUAUGGACGUAAACUAAGCACUUCAGCCAAAGGUCUUUUGGAUUGCCUUGUGAAGUUGCAGUUAAUAGACCACGACCCUAAAAAUGCAAACGAAAAGGAUGAAAGAUACCAAGAGCUAAUGAACAUUCUUAAAUCACUGUGGCUUUGUGAUCCUCCAGAAAAUGAGCAGGUGUUAAAGAAGGAUGUUCACCAUUCUGUGGACGAUGAGUUCAAUCACACGUCGUCCUCUGGUGUGGAUGUCAGCAGUGGCUCCACAGGCUCAGGGAAGAGUAGUGAUGGCGUAAAUAUGAAUAAAGUACAAGAAGUAUGUGAGGUUGAAGCUGAAACGGAUGCUCAGUGGACAUCUGAGAGAGAUGUAGAAGGAAUGUGUGAGAAAAAACAAAAAGAAGAUGAUCCAGCAACAGAUGACACGAAUAGAAACAAUGAUAGUCCAAGAGAACUACCUGAAACACCACCCUCUUCAACUAACAGUUCGGGAAAUGACAGCAAUGGCCAAAAAGUUGCAGAGCAAGGUGAAGCUGAAUGUCAAGAGGACACCGGUUCUGGCAGUCCUUCCCUCAUUGAAAGAGCUCAGUUUGCUAAAAAGAUCUCUCAAGACCCUGAUCCUGUUUGGGUCUUAACCUUAUUAACUAAAAUAGAAAAGCAGUUCAUGAAACAUUAUAUCAAAGCGAUGAGAGAGCUCAAAGUCCGUUGGAACUUGGAUGAUAAUGAGCAGCUUGACACGAUGAUAAGUGAACUUAAAACAGAGGUCCAAAAAAGAAUCCAAACCAGUAUAGACAGAGAACUGAGAAAAAUUCAAGGUCGAGCAGGCCUACCGAGACCUCCCAAGGAAGCAUUUUCCCGUGCUUCAACAACAAAAACAGAGGAGAGAAGACGGAGGCUGCAGAUUAUGCUCAAACAAUCCCUUGAUCCACAAGAUGAAAAAAGUGAUGAUUCAGCAACAGGAACAUCUUACAGUGACCAGCGCAGUGAAAACGAUGAUGAUUACUGUCCAUGUGAAACAUGUGCUAAGAAAAAAAUAACAUCUGCAUUUCCUGCAGAAGUUAUGAAUACUGCACCUGUUGCCAUGGACUUUGACCUGAAGAGGAUUCUGAUGAUGAAGAACAGUGAUCUUGGCAAUACACAAGCAAUCAAAUGUACAUCUCACGCUGAAAACGAUACUAAGACAAAAGCAGCAGAGGCACUUGUAGAAAGAGUUAUUGCCAAAGCUGUAAGUGAAGUGGAAGGGGAUGGAGCACACCAUGACACUGAAGAUGUCCUGUGUGAAGAUGAACCCAGGGUAGAGAAUGUAGAAAAGGCAGCAGAAGGUGAAGCGGCUAUUGCUGAAGAUGAAAUGCCAGAAGAGAGAGAGAAAGCAGACACAGUUGGAGAUGUAAUAGAGGAAGAGUCUCCCGAAUCUACCACCGAUAAGGAUGAAAAUGCAGCAGAAGAGACUGCUGUGGUUAUAUCAACUGAAAACCAAUCUGACAAAGAGGAGGCUGUGGAAGUGGGAGCAGAUGAAGAGAGAAAAGACACUGCUGCCAUCAGUAAAGAUGAUUCUUUAGAGAGUGUGGAAGCCACUGCAAAUGAAAUUGAAACUACACAGGAGAAGGACACCAUCACAGGUGAUGAAUUGCCAAAACAACCAGAUGAUGCAGAUGAAGACGAGACACUUGUAGUAAAAGAAGUUGUGAUUGCAAGUGAAGAUGAGUCUAAGGAAGAGGCAGAAGACAUUUUAGCUGAAGAGACCAUCACUGAGUCUACAGCUGAUAAAUUGUCAAAGAAACCAGCAAAGGAUGCAGAGAUAGAGGAUGGAAUUUCUGAAAACAGAGAGAUUGUUGUCUCAAGUGAGGACAAGUCAAAGGAAGAGACUGCUGAAUCCGCCGCUGCUGGAGAUGUAAAUGCAGCAGGAGAGGCUGAUGUGGCAGUUGCAGGUGAAGCUGAAUUUGACAAUGGAGAAGCUGUGGAAGCAGAGAUGGUUGAUAACGCAGAAGAGAUUCCUACUACUGGGGCAGAUGAUUCUGCUGAUAACAUCGACACACCUUCAGCUAAUGAAACAGCAAAGGAACCAGAAAAAGGAGCGAAAACUGAAGCUGAGAUUGCUGACAUAACUCAAGAUGACCUUCAGGAGAAGGCUUCUGAAGCCACCGCAGAUGAAGUUGAAAAUGCAGCAGCAGAGACCUCUACGGCAGCCACUAGUGAACAUGAAUCUGACAAAGAUGAGGCUGUGGAAGAGGGAACAGUCGAUGAAAAAGAGGAGAUCCCUGCCACCAGUGCAGAUGAAUCUGCAGAUGAGAACUAUGGCACAGCCACAGCUGAUGAAUCUUCAAAAAAAACAGCUGAAGCUGCAUCUGGCAAAGAUGAGGCAGUGGAAGCAGGGACAGCUGAUGAAGAAGAGGAGAUUGCUGCCACCAGUGAAGAUGAGCUGAAAGAAGAGGUCAAACAGGAAGCUGUGGAAGGACAUCAGAUGACUGAUGAUAAAGAAGAGCUUGCUUCCACAAGUGCAGAUGAUUCUGCAGAUGAGAACAAUGACACAGUCACAGCUGAUGAACCAUCAGAGGAAGCAGUUGAAAAAGCAGAAACUGAAGACGAGACCGCUGAAGAAAAAGACAUUGCUGUCACAAGUGAAGAUGAAUUGAAAGAAGAAACAGCUGAAGCCACCACAGAAUCUGACAAAGAAGAGGCUGUGGUAUCAGGGGGAGCUGAAGACAUGGAAGAGACUCCUGGCACCAGUGAUGAGGAUGAUUCUGCAGAGAAUUUAGAUGCCACAACAAAUGAAGAUGAAACCGCAGAUGAGAAUGAUGCCACGGGCGAUGAACUGUCAGAGGAACCAUCUAAAGAAGCAACAACAGAAGAUGAGCUUGUUGUAGAAAAGGAGAUUGGUGUUACCAGGGAGGCUGCUGAUGCCACCACAGGUGAAGAUGAAAAUGCAGAAGAGUUCACAAGUGAACAGGAAUCUGACGAUGAUAAGGCUUUGGAAGAAGGAACAGGCAGUGAUGAAGAAAAGCUUGAUACCACCAGCGCAGAUGAGUCUGCAGAUGAGAACAACGGCACAACCACUGCUGAUGAUUUAUCAAAAGAACUGACUGAAGAAGCAGAAACUGAAGAUGGGAUGGCUGUAGGAAAAGAAAUCACAAGUGAAGAUGAUUCAAAGGAAGAGACUGCUGAAGAUGAAAUUCCAGCAGAAGAGACAUCUGUCGCUGCCACCACUGAAAAUGAAUCUGAAAAAGAAGAAGCUGUGGAGGCAGGGAUGGCUGAUGAUGGAGUACAGACAGCUGCCACCAGUGAUGAUGAGUCUGCAGAAGACGCCACGACAAAUGAAGAUGAAACUGCAGAGAAAAAUGAUGCCACAGGUAAUGAUAUGUCAAAUAAACCAGCUGAAGAAGCAACAACUGAAGAUGAGACUGCUACAGAAAACGCUACAGAAAAAGAGAUGGAUGCCAUAAGUGAAGAUGAAUCAAAGGAAGAGGUUGCAGAAACCAACAAAGUUGAAGAUGAAAAUCCUGCAAAAGAAUCUGAUGUGGCCGCCACAUCUCAAGAUGAAUCUGACAAGGAUGGGGCUGUGGAAGCAGAGAUGGCUGAUGAUGGAAAACAGUCUGGCAGCACAAGCGAUGAAGAUGAAAUUGCAGACAAUGAUGAGGCAAUAACAGCUGAAGAUGAAAGUGCUGUGGAAAAAGUUGCUGCUGUCACAAGCGAAGAUGAAGCUGAAGAUAGUGCAGCAGAGGAGGCUGAUGACACAACCACAACUGAGAAUGAACCUGACAAAGAUGCAGUGGCGGACAAAGAGAUUCCAGCCACCAGUGCAGAUGAGUCUGAGUCAGAUGAAAAGGAAACAGCUGAAAAUGCAACAACUGAAGAUGAGACUGCUGAAGAAAAAGAGAUUUCUGGCACAACUGAACGUGAAUCUGACAAAGAGGAGGCUGCUGGAGUGGGGACAACUGAAGAUGCGGAUGAAACUGCUGCUAGCAGUGAGGAUGACUCUGCAGAAUGCAUGGAUGCCACAACAAAUGAUGAUGAAGCUUCACAGGAGAAUGAAAACACAACCACAGUUCACAAACUGUCAAAAGCUCCUAAAGCAGAAACAACUGAGGAUGGAGAAGAACUUGUGGAAGAUACUGAAUCUGCAAGAGAAGAAAGCUCCAAAGCUGUGACUGAAAAUGAAUCAGACGAGGAGAACAAUGAAUCAGCCACAGAUGAAAAUGAAUCAGUAAACAAUGCAACAACAGAUGCAAAUGAGACCACAGGAGAAGAUGAUUCUUCAAAUGUCACAAAUGGUAAUGAAUCAGGAGAAGGGCAUUCAGAGGACAAGCCUGAAAAUGAGACUGCAGAUGAAACUACAGGAGAAGACGAGACUGCAGAAGAGGAUAAAGGAGCUACGGAUGGAAAUGAGACGUCAAGCGAUGCAGAACAUGUUGGAAUGGCAUCAGCUGAAGAGCUUCAUGAGACAGAACCAUCAGAAAAAAAUGUAGAAAGCAGUGCCACUGAAGAUUUUGUUAAAGAGGAAGAACAAGGUGAAGCAACUGGAGAGGAAUCUGAACAGGCUGAAAAUGAAGGGGAGGAAUCUGCUGAAAACCAAAGUAGAGGGGAAUCUGGAGCAACAUGUGAAGAUUGCACAGAGGACCCAACAACAGGAGACGAGACUGAAGAAUGUGAAACAGCAGAGGGAGACUCAGGAGAAACUGAAGCCGCAGGGAAGGAGAUUACUGAAAGUGACGCCGGAAAAGAAUCUGGAGAAGAAGGUGAAUCUGCAGAAGAAGAGGUUGGAGAAGCUCAAACUGGAGGAGAAGAACCCGCAAACAACACGGAGGAUGAAUCUGCACAAGACGACAAACGGACACUUACUGGAGGAGAAGAUGAGGGGAGUGAUAACAAUGAGUCUGAGACCAAUCCUGACAAAGGCGAUCAAACAUGUGAAGAUAGUGACAUGACUGAGGAGGAUCGAAAAGACACCUUAACUGAGACAAAUAAUGAGACGGAAGGCCCUGACGAUGUGGUGGAGCUAAAACCAGAUGAUGAUGUUGAGGAAAUAUCAGAGAACAAUGAAGAAAACAGAGAAAACAAAUCACUGUCUAUUAAAAUAUCAAAUGGAAGCCAUGGUAAUAAUCAAGACAAUGUCGAAACCUUCGAAGAAGAAGAGGAGGACACUGAGACUGCCAAUGAAGACUGGAGUGGAAACCAGGGAGACUCAGCUGAUGGAGAAGAUGAGGCAGAGGAAGAUUCAGAAGAACCAGAGGAAGAAACUGAUGAUGGAGAGCAAGAUGUAGCUCCAAGAAAGAAAGAUAAUCAAGUGGCAGCGAACAGAACAGCUGAGGAAAAAUUGUUAAUUCCGGUUGACACUUUGACCAAAGUCAAUGCAGAAUCUGAGGAUGGCGCUUAUGCUGACGUUGAAGAUUCUGAGACUGAGAUAAACAGCCAAGAAGAAGUUACAAGCCUCAAGUCUAAGACUUUGAACAAGAUUUCAUCAUAAGUUGACCAUGACUCUGCUGAUGCUCAGGAGAACUGACAGAGAGUGAGAUGUAGGAGUAAGACAAGGAGUAAGGUAAUCGAGUCAGGUCUUCCAGAGGAGACCUAACAAGAACUAUGGAGUAAAGAAAGCAAAGGAUUGAUCUAGAUCAUUGUCAUUUCUAAUUUGAUUUAAAAUUCUUGUUAAACAAGCACUACAGAAACUCAGACACUUUGUUCACUUUGCACACAUGCACAACAACUAACCAUACACUGGUGGAAAAAAAAAGAAUCUUAAAAACUUGAAUGUAUAUACUAUGUGUAGGAGGUUUGCAUCA